ACCUGCCGAGGGCGCCAUGUUAAUGCCCCAAAGAAACUUGUGUAUUGAAAGUUGAUCGCAAGGUUAUAAACGCUUUUUUCAUGCCCCGCACUCGCGUUACCUUGGCAUUACACUGCUAACGGGCUCGACUCCUUCCACCUCGACAAUCUUGGAGAUGACGGCUUCAGCCGCUUGUGACAACAUGGCGCUCUCUAGAUCACAAACAGCGAAGCCGUUACCCGAGGGCAAUGUAUCCGCUACGAUUUUUCCGCCAAUCCGGGCUUGCAUUUUCGACAUGGACGGACUCCUCAUCAACUCUGAAGAUAUUAUUACUCUUUGCACGAACCGACUUCUCGAAAAGUACGGCAGGCCUGCCUUUACUCGGUCGAUUCGAGUCCAGCUCAUGGGCAUCCCGGACUCAACAAAUGGCGACAUAUUCCACAAUUGGGCCAAGCUGCCUAUUCCGCGCGAGCAGUUUGCUCAAGAGUUGAGGGAGCAAAUGCAAGCUCAGUUCCAGAGCUGCGAACCAUUGCCUGGUGCGAACAAGCUUCUUUCCGAUCUUAGUCAUGCGCGAAAUUCCUCAGGAGACAAAAUCAAAUUAGCGCUGGCAUCUAGCAGUAAGAGCCAUAGCUUUAGAUUGAAAACUUCAAAACCGGAGACGAAGCAGUUGUUGGAUUUCUUCGAGCCAAAGCAGCGGAUUCUGGGCGACGAUGCACGACUGCGAAAGGGUCGAGGGAAGCCGGCCCCUGACAUAUACCUAAUUGCGUUGCAAUCAUUGAACUCGGCGAAUGACGCGGAAGAUAUCAUCAAGCCUAACGAGUGUUUGGUAUUUGAAGACAGUGUAACGGGAGUAGAGGCCGGAAGACGCGCGGGGAUGAGAGUCAUUUGGGUCCCGCAUCAAGACGUGGCGGCUGAGUAUGGAAGCAAGCAAGAACAAGUGUUGGCUGGGAGAAUGGGGAUGAAUGCGCUUGGAGAUGAUUGGCAAUUAGGGGAAAUUGAUGACGGCUGGGCUGAGUGUAUAUCUAGUCUGGAAGAAUUCAACCCUCGAAAAUAUGGUCUCGAGAUUGUAUAAUCUAUACAGACAAAUGAGACUUAUCAUCGAGCCCAAAAAGCAACGAUCUCGUCGA